CGAUAGGUGGCGAUAGCAUAAAACUAAAAUCGACACCACCGAAGAAGGACACAAUGUCAGUUGACUUCAGUACGGAGAAGUGAGAAGCUGUUGUCUUGAGAGAUGCAGACGCCUGCAGAAUCAAUCCUCCACAGUGGCUACUUCCACCCAACCCUAAGAUACUGGCAGACCUGCAUUGCCGAUUUAAGACCUGACAAUCUUAUCUACCCAAUCUUUGUUACAGAUGGUGCAGAUGCAGUAGAGCCCAUCGGCAGUCUGCCGGGACAAGCCAGAUAUGGAGUGAACAAGCUGGAGGGAAUGUUGCGUCCACUUGUGGAUAAUGGCUUGAAGUGUGUGCUGAUUUUUGGUGUCCCGGCUAAAAUAGCAAAGGAUGAGAGGGGUUCAGGCGCCGACACCGACGAUACACCGGCGGUACUGGCAGUCAAGAAAAUCCGAUCUUUGUUCCCGGAGCUGCUGGUGGCGUGUGAUGUCUGUCUGUGUCCCUACACGUCACACGGACACUGUGGCAUCCUGAAUGAUGAUGGUGCACUGAACAAUGAUGCCAGCUGUCUGCGUUUGGCUGAAGUAGCGCUGGCGUACGCUCGUGCUGGUUGUCACAUCAUCGCUCCCUCUGAUAUGAUGGAUGGAAGAGUUAGAGCCAUAAAACAAGCACUGAUUUCCAAUGGUUUGGGAAAUAAGGUUUCAGUGCUGAGCUACAGUGCAAAGUUUGCUUCUUGCUAUUAUGGUCCCUUCAGGGAUGCUGCACAGUCGAAGCCUGCAUUCGGGGACAGACGCUGCUAUCAGCUGCCUCCUGGCGCGCGAGGGCUCGCCAUCAGAGCUGUGGAGCGAGAUGUGAGAGAAGGUGCGGACAUGCUGAUGGUGAAGCCGGGUCUGCCAUAUCUGGACAUCAUGAGGGAAGUCAAAGACAAGUUCCCCACUCACCCCUUGGCAGUGUACAAUGUGUCUGGGGAGUUUGCUAUGAUAUGGCAUGGCGCGCAGGCUGGAGCGUUUGACUUGAAAGCGGCUGUGAUGGAGGCCAUGACAGCGUUCCGCAGGGCAGGCGCUGACAUCAUCAUCACCUACUACACACCUCAGCUGCUCACCUGGCUGAAGGAGUGAAGAGAGAUGAUCUGGACCAGAACAGAGGUGGACCAACUGACAGGGCAUGCUCGCUAAAAAUCCCUUUAAGGGGGAAAAAUGAAUAAAAUCCACAAAUUGUGA